GUUCAUGUCAUAUCACCAUUUUCCAGAGGACUAAAUCUCUGUAGAGUGCAAAGAACAUCUUACACCAUGGAUGGAUUCUGCCUUCUCUAUCUGCUCCUGAUCCUCUUGAUGAGAUCUGGUGACAUUGAAACCAAUCCAGGUCCUAACCCUGCAGUAAGUACUGUCAGUGAAAUGGAGUUCCUAAAGCUGGCCCAGGACAUCGCUCCAUCAUACUACGAGGCUGUAGGGAUAUCUCUAGGGAUCCCCCGUGCUCAGCUACAAGCAAUCCUAAGUGAGCAGUUGAAGAACUAUGCAAGUGCAUUUAUGGAUGUAUUCAUGAAAUGGAAUGUCAUGCAGCAACCUCCACACUCAAACAAACGGCAGCUUUUGGCAGACAAACUACGAAAGAUUGACUUGGGUGGCCUGUCAGACAGAUUACUCAAUGAGCCUCUAAUUCCAAACAGCCAAGGACAAGUUCGGACUAGUCACGGAAAGAUGCGCAGUACACUUAAAUUUGCUGAGGACCAUCAAGACUGCUUGAAUCACAGACCAAACCUCCUUCAGCUGGAUCUCAGACCAAACCACUUUCUCCUGAACUGGUUGAGCGGUGUGCAAAUGAUUUCAAGUUCAAGUACAGGUCAACUGUCUGUAAGAUCAGAGCUGAUCCUCUCAAUCCUGCUUCCAUUGUGCAGUUAA